UGACGUGAGUGUAGUUGCGUCUCGUGUCACCAACACUGUACCUUCCUUAGUUUGAAGCAAAAGAAGAAAGCGACGAGAAACGGAAGCGUUAUUUCAGGUAUAGCAACGUAAAAUAUUUGACCCAAUCCAUCACAACCACUUCCGUUCAGCUAGGGUUCUCACCAAUGCCACCGGAUUCCUCCGAGCAAGACGAUGAUCCCGAUACCGAAUUCGUCGAAAUUGAUCCCACCGCUCGUUAUGGUCGGUACAAGGAAAUUUUAGGGAAGGGGGCUUUCAAAAAAGUAUAUAGAGCUUUUGAUGAGUUAGAAGGAAUUGAAGUGGCUUGGAAUCAGGUUAAGGUGUCUGAUUUAUUGCGAAAUUCUGAAGAUUUGGAGCGUCUUUAUUCUGAAGUUCAUUUGCUCAAGACUUUGAAGCACAAGAAUAUUAUUAAAUUUUAUAAUUCAUGGGUUGAUACCAAAAAUGAGAAUAUUAAUUUCAUUACUGAAAUUUUCACAUCCGGAACUUUGCGCCAAUACCGGAAGAAACAUAAGCAUGUUGAUUUGAGAGCGUUGAAGAAAUGGUCUAGGCAAAUUUUGGAGGGCCUUUCAUAUCUUCAUAGUCAUAAUCCACCGGUUAUUCAUCGAGACCUUAAGUGUGACAAUAUUUUUGUCAAUGGGAAUCAAGGGGAGGUGAAAAUUGGUGAUUUAGGAUUGGCAGCUAUUCUUCAACAGGCCACUUCAGCUCACAGUGUUAUAGGUACACCGGAGUUUAUGGCCCCAGAACUUUACGAAGAGGAGUACAACGAGCUUGUUGACAUAUAUGCUUUUGGCAUGUGCUUGCUAGAGUUGGUAACUGUUGAGUACCCGUAUGUUGAAUGUACCAAUGCUGCACAAAUAUACAAGAAAGUGAUAUCUGGAAUAAAGCCAGCAUCAUUGGCAAAAGUAAAUGAUCCUGAAGUUAAAGCAUUUAUAGAGAAGUGUACUGCUCAUGUAUCGGAACGGUUGCCUGCAAAGGCUCUCUUGAUGGAUCCCUUCCUUCAGUCAGAUUGGGAUGGUGACAGCGUCGGUCGAUCUUCGAGAUCUAGAACCCAGCAUUCAGGAAAUAACUUCGAUAAUCAAUCCAUUGGAAAAAGUGCCAACGAUAAUUCUGCUGAGACAGGUAGGGAAUUCACAGUGGAAGGCCAGAGAAGAGAUGUUAAUACAAUAUUUUUAAAACUGAGAAUUGCAGAUUCCUCAGGCCAUAUUCGAAAUAUCCACUUCCCUUUCGAUAUUGAAGCAGACACUUCAAUAUCUGUUGCCAGUGAAAUGGUUGAGGAGUUGGAGCUUACUGAUCAAGAUGUUUCGACUAUUGCUAUGACGAUUGACUCCGAAAUUCGAUACCACAUUCCUAAUUGGAAUCCCAGUGAAACUCUUGACAAUAGUUCUUGUCAAGAGUCAGGUCAUACCCUUGAAACUAUGCCCGAGGCUUCUCCUAUGGGAAAUGAAUCUCCUGGCAGUCUUGCUUUGGAAAUAUUACCUUCAGGUCGUAAAUACUGGUCAGACUCACCCAAGGGGGUUGGUGGAAACUCUCCAUGUCUGCACGCUGCUUCAAACUUGUCUUAUGAAGGGGAUGUGAUUGCUGAGGAAGGCAGCCUCUUUGCAAAUAGCGUGGGGAAGGAAUGUGAUGGGACUGCUGAUUCCCCUUUCAACGAAAAAAGUAUUACAUCAGACUGUUCUGAAGCAACCGGUGGAAUGUCCUCUCAAGAAGAAAUAUCUGCAAGUUUGAAAGAUUCUGAAACAGAAGACAUCAAUAAAAUAGCAACAAAGCUGGAAACUUUGUUGGUUAUGCAACGAGAUGAGUUAGACGAACUGAAGAGGAAGCACAAAUUAGCUGUCUCGGAUUUUUUGAAUGAAUUUUCUCCAGAAAUUUCCUUACAGGUUCUAAAUAUGUGCAACCUGCAGAUGCCUGAUGGUGAAAUGUAGGGAAGAUUUUGGCUGAGUGAAGGCUUAGUGUACUCUCGAGCUUGGAUGCUGUUGGUGUAUUUAUGAAUGAAGCGUGGAGUGAAAUGAUAGGUAAUUGUAAAGACCAGAUCAUAUCAAUUUCAUUUCCGAAAAAAUCUGUACAUAGUUUGGUACAAGUUAUUAAACUAUAGGAAGUGUAUACUUGUACAUAUUAAGUUUACAUGGAGCUCUUCCCAGCUAGGAGUUCACAGUUGGUGGAGUUGAGGGCUUUGAGAUCAACUAUUUGACCCGGUUCUCUUUGCGGAUUAUUUUAAUUUAUUAUCAUGUCAAAGUAUUCUCAUAAUUUUGGCAUCAUAGACUUAAUUUGGUGGAAGUUUGUACUUUGUGAA